UGUAUUGUUUCUACUUUCUUCAUUCUUGACUCUUUUGAGAAGUAUUAUGUUGUACCAAUUAUUAAAUCUUAAGCAUAUUUAAACGAACUUUGUCUCGGUUUGCUUAUUUUUUAAUUUUCAUGUAUAAAUAGACCAGGACUGCUGAAGUUGCCGCAGAGUUAGUGAUGAUAUUUGCUGAAACCUUACUGUUUGCGAUUGCUCUGCUAAUAAGCGGCGCAUCAUUCUUUAUUCUUAUCUACUACAUUAUAACGCUAUCAGAUUUGGAAUGUGAUUAUUUGAACGCUCAAGAGUGCUGUGAUAAGUUGAACUACUGGCUUCUGCCAAAGUUCAUUUGCCAAUCUUCUACCACAUUUCUGUUAUUGCUACAUGGCCAACUGUUAUUGUUUCUUUUGAAUUUGCCUAUGUGUAUUUGGCUAACUUUUCAGUAUUUAACCGUUCCUCAAGGUAAUUUGGGUGCUUAUGAUCCCACGGAGAUUCAUAAUAGAGGCCAAUUAAAGAGAUAUAUGCGUGAUGUACUAAUUCACGUUGGCUAUUACUUAGUAUUUUUCUUUAUAUAUUUGUAUUGUUUAAUAUUGUCUCUGUUAAAGAGUGAUCCUAUUUCAAGAGGAAAUGAUUAUGAGAUUGUGACCAGAAUAUAA